CCUGCGCAGUACUUUAGGUUCAAUCGCAAUCGCACAGAGGGAAAGAUAGCUCUGUUCUUUAAUAAACCUAAGUGUAUCUUCAGAAACUCCUCAUCAGAAACAUCAUCAUGCCGGAAGAAUCACAAGCUUCACAAGCUCAACACCCUUCCGCGGUAUCGGAUAGCAAGGAGCACAAGUUCAAUCCGAAUUUCACUCAGGCGGUAAUUAAUGCGACGGGUCCUAAAGCUACGCCUAGGGUCAGACAGCUUACAGCGGGAUUAAUACGGCAUCUUCAUGACUUUGCGAGGGAGAAUGAACUCACGGUCGAUGAGUGGAUGACAGGAGUCAAGCUGAUGAACGCAGCAGGUCGCAUGUCAGACGCUAAACGCAACGAAGGCCAACUGCUCUGCGACAUCCUCGGCCUCGAAUCGCUCGUCGACGAGAUCACUUACAAGCUCGCCUCGACCGCUGCCGACGAACCCACCGCGACUGCCAUUCUAGGCCCCUUUUACCGCCAUGACGCCCCGAAACUGCCUAUGGGCUCCUGCAUCGUCUCCAAAGAGAUAAACGAGCAAGGCGAUCGUACAUGGAUGCACGGCACAGUCACAGACUUCAGAACUGGGCAGCCUAUCGAGGGCGCAGUGGUGGACGUAUGGCAUACGGCACCUAAUGGCCUAUACGAACAACAAGAUCCAGACCAGCCAGAGAUGAACCUCAGAGGUAGGUUCACGACGGGCAAGGACGGGAAGUAUAGCUUCUACUGCUUGAGGCCGGUGCCUUAUCCUAUCCCGUUCGAUGGGCCGGCAGGCAAGAUCUUGACAGCGCUGGAUAGGCAUCCGAUGCGACCGGCGCAUAUACACUUUUUACUCACUGCACCGGGCUACAAACCUAUCGUUACCCAGAUCUUUGACAGAAAGAGCAAGUAUAUCGACGACGACGCGGUUUUCGCAGUCAAAGAUUCCCUUAUUGUAGAUUUCAAUCCUUUCGAGGGAGAUCCGAAAGCAGACUUUGAGCUUCCGUACGAUUUCAAGAUGGCGAGCUUCGAAGAUGCGAAGAAGCAUUCCGUCGCAGGGACUACAGAAGAAAGCGCGUGAUCGGUAGAGCUUCAAACCAUUAAGGAACUUCAGCAUCAUUUACGAGUUGUAUACCAUUUGAAGCUCUAGUUAUCAUGUUCUAAUCGCAGCUGUCUGUUUCCGAUAUCAUUCCGAUGUUAGGCCGAUCUCCCCGCACUGUACCACUCAGCUAACCGUCUCCAACCGAACCGCGGUUGUCAUACAACGCCUUACGUGCACGCCCUAGACAGAGGCUAACAUCAUGUGAAUGUUAUG